UAAAAGUUUCACGAAGGCGUCCGUCAUGGACGCACGCUAGCCGGAAACGUUCAGGCCGUAUUUGAAGGCAGUCCCCGGGCUGAGCGGAGUCGUCUCUCCGGGAGGCGAGUCCGUGUCCGUGUCCGCGGCGGCGGCACAACAGGAAGCGCCAUGGAGGGCCGACACAUCCCGGACGAGCCCGGCUCGGCCCUGGAGAAGAACGUGGCGGACCUGACCGUCAUGGACGUGUACGACAUCGCCGCGGCGGUGGGCCAGGAGUUCGAGCGGAUCAUCGACCAGUACGGCUGCGAGGCUCUGUCCCGCCUCAUGCCCAAAGUGGUGCGGGUGUUGGAGAUCCUGGAGGUGAUGGUGAGCCGCCACAGCAUCGGCCCGGAGACCGACGAACUGCGCCUGGAGCUGGACAAGCUGAGGCUGGAGAGGACGGAGAGGGCGGAGAAGGAGAGGAAGCACAGGAAGGAGUUGGAGCUGGUGGAGGACGUGUGGAGAGGCGAGGCUCAAGACCUUCUCUCCCAGAUUGCUCUGCUGCAGGACGAGAACAAGACUCUCCUCAACAACAUCUCCACCCGCGACCCCAUGACCGAGGAGGACCUGCAGCGGCACGAGGGCAUGAGCGAGAGAGAGCGGCAGGUGAUGAAGAAGCUGAAAGAGGUGGUGGACAAGCAGAGGGAUGAGAUCCGGGCCAAGGACAGAGAGCUGACCCUGAAGAACGAGGACAUCGAGGCGCUCCAGCAGCAGCAGGCGCGCCUGAUGAAGAUCAACCACGACCUGCGCCACAAGAUGUCGGUGGUGGAGGCGCAGGGCAAAGCGCUGAUCGAGCAGAAAGUGGAGCUGGAGGCCGGCGCUCAGACGCGGGGCCAGGAGGUGGGCGCCCUGCGGCAGGAAGUGGCGCGCCUGCGGGAGCGGCUGCGGGGAGGCCCGCCCGCGGGGGACGCCCCGCCUCAGACACCGUCGCCUGCGGAGCCAAUUAAGGCUGCGGUGGCGGGCGCUUCUGAGCCGCUCAGCUGGCCCCUCAGCCCAGACGGGUAUGAUGAUGAUGAUGAUGAUGAGGAAGAAGCGGUGUUGCUUUGGGAGGCGCAGUGCGAGGAGGAGGAGACGGGCGCCGCGGACCCCAAGGACCCCAACAGAGCCAGGUUCACGCUGCAGGAGCUGAGGGACGUCCUUCACGAGAGGAACGAGCUCAAAGCCAAAGUCUUCAUGCUGCAGGAGGAGCUGACUUAUUACAAGAGUGACGAGACGCAAGACGACAUGAUCUCCUCCUCACCGAGUCCUUCGCCCGAGCUAAGGAGUCGCUCGCGCUCGUCUGUGCAGCCUGAAUCUGGAAUCAAACGCCUGAUCUUCACGGCCAUCAUGCCCAUGGUGGCGGCCGGUCUGAUCCAAGACGACCCCACUUUACUGCCCGCCAGACGCCUCUCGGCGCUUGUUUAGUUUGUUCUCCCGUGACAAGCAGCGCAGUUGGCCGCGCGGCGGAAGCGGAGGCUCGUGGUCGCCCAAAGACGAGGGCGCGUACACGGAACAAGCGCAGGAGGCCUUGCCGCACUUUUAGCCGCCGCACGCUCGGCACAUCAAAUAUGCAAAAAAAAAAAGAGGCAUUGUUGUAUUUUUUUAUUUAACCUUUGCACACAGACUAGGACAAAGAAGACAAAAAAACGGCCAUUUUUACCGACGUCUGAGGGACUGAAACGCUAUCUUAUAAAAACUAACAUCAGCUUGGAAGGAUUUUUAACACCGACUGAAGCUUCGCGUUUAAGCUAAGCUAAUGUUUUUAUUUCUUGUGUAACUUAUUUUUUUUGUACCAUUAUGAAUAUUUUCAGCUCACUUCUCAUCGUGUUAAGACUCUGGUGGUUUUCAUCCGGCGAAGGAAGCUUUGUGGAUUAUUUGUGUGUUCCCUUUAAAUUGCAAACUAUGCAAUUUUUUCCAGGAAGUGCAGAAGAAGAAGAAAUGGGAGGAGCAUAUUGUUGCAUAUUUGUGUUUAAUGUCAAAGCCCAGCAUGAAGAAGUGUUAUUGCAGUACUUCCAAGUCCAACACAAGAAAUGUGAAAUUGUACCACAAGUAAUUCAAUAAUAUACUGAAUUAUGUCCUUUUAUUUUCAUGACAUUAACGCAUGAAAUAAAGCGUGUUGUUGCCUGCUAACGUUUAAAAAUAAAAAACGUUUUGGAGCUAGCUUGUGAACACUAAUGAUCGCUGA